GUAAUUGCCCCUUUAACUAGGGCCAAAUACAACCAGAAUGACCAGACCCUUUAUUCGGGGGAAGACGUACACUGCAGUACAGUAUAAGUACAAACGGGCUGCCAGCUGCGAAGACAUAGUCGCUUGCUCCGUUCGAGGUCCGAGUCACGGGAGAUCUGAUCUGCGGCGUAACCUCAUUCCCUCGCUGGCCUUCGGGCAUCUGAGCGGGGUGGCGGCUUCGUCUGAUGUUGUGGCCUCCUUAGAGUUGGGACCGGGAUCGGAUCUCCCGUCGCUCCGGCGCAUCUUAGAGAACCUGAAGCAUUGUCUGUUGAGGAGGUCGCGUUCUCGUGGCGAUCGGAAGUAGACUCUCCUUCAUUCAGCGUUCGGGGACAGCUGUUGACGUCAACUGAGGAAUCAGCUCGAGUCAACUCCAGCCAUCGAUCUUCAGGUCAGUGGAGCUUAACGCCU